UCUCAAUUCAGUCCGCUCUUUUAUUCAAUUUAACAACUUUUGCUAUAAAUUCGUCAGAAUUUCGACAACAUUUUAUUCAAAAUGACUACAACUCCAGCCAAGAAACCCGCCACACCCAAGGCUAAAAAGCCAGCAGCGAAAGCCGCAGCGCACCCGCCCUUCAAAUCGAUGAUCAAAAAAGCGAUCAAGGAAUUGAAGGACAAAAAAGGAUCGAGCAAAGCAGCUAUCGUGAAAUAUAUCAGCGCCAACUACAAAGUCUCGUCCGACAAAGUCGCGAACCAGACCAAACUCGCCCUGAGACGAAUGGCCGCGAAGAAGGAGAUCGUUCACGCCUCGAGUAAAUCAGUAGGCGCCAGUGGCAGCUUCAAACUUCCAGCUAAAGAACCUGCAGCAAAGAAGCCAGCCAAGAAAUCGCCCAAAAAGAAGACCGCGGCUAAGAAACCAGCAGUGAAGAAAGCAGCAUCGCCCAAAAAAGCGUCACCAAAGAAGGCAGCAGCUCCUAAGAAGUCGCCAGCUAAGCCCAAAAAGUCACCGGCAAAGAAACCAGCGGCUAAAAAGCCAGCAGCAAAGAAAGCAGCGCCAGCUAAAAAAGCCAAAUAGUAAUUCAAAAACUUUUCCAAAACACUUUCAUGAUACUGUGAUUAAAUUUCCAUGUUUUAAUGUUCCUGUAAGGAAAAGUAGCAAUAUAAUUUGAUUUGAAUCUUGAUGAUGUAGUUUCGAUUUAAUGUGAUAUAUUGAUUUUAAUUAUUCCUAUUUUCUUCAGUAUUUUUCAAUACUUUCCUGAUAAUGAUCAAUUUCGAGACAAAAUAAAAUUUUGCACAAGUUGAAAA